AGGAGCUGUAUCUGGUCCGAGUAAGUAAGUAAGUAAGUAGUAAGAACUGCAGGAGGUGAAGUGAGUAAGACGAAAUUGAAUAAGUAAGUAAAAGUGUUUGAGUAUGUAACAAGUAGGUACUGCUUCUUAGUAGGUGUGCCGUUCGUCGCAGUUAUGCGUUGUAUUAGACUUUCCCACUCUCUGCAGCUGCAACUCUGUUGAAGGUUGCAGUACUCCCAAAUCAAUGGCGCACAACUUGUUCUUGCCUCUGGGUGAUGCUCUAUUCGGCCAUCAGGACCAGCCGUCGACGCGGCCGCCCGGUGCGUCUUCCCAGGCAAAACAGGGAUCGACUUCGAAGCCGUUGGGAGCGGGAAGUGCAGCUUCAAGCUCUAGCUCAUCCAAGGGCGGCUUCUUGGGCAGCUCUCAAUCUCACGUCGCUUCGUCGAGCGCUUCAUCUUCGAGCAGCAGUGGACUCAUUGGAGUUGCGAGGAUGCAGCUUGGUGGAUCAACAUCAAACUUCACCGACAGCUAUGCAGCAGGAAAAUUCCAGGCAGCAAAAAUCGCUCGAGGUGAGUUUGCGAAUGCAGUGCCACCUCGCAAGGGUCUUGGCCUCAGCAAGGAGGACAAGGCCGACUAUCCUUGGGACGGUAGUGGUUUUGAGAACGACCUCUUACUGGUCGACGACGAGGAGGGUCAGCAGAUGGCGCGAGCUAUAAAACGUGGGCGGGCACGGAAAAAACGGAGGGAGCAGUUUAUUCCUGGCGCGGAAGAGGCCAUUAUCGACGAAAAUUUCACGGCUCUUGCUGAUCACGCCGGGGGAGUAUCAGGCUACAUCUUGCUUGUUUGGACUUUGAGCGAAGUAUUUAAGGCAGUAGAGCUAGAAGUACAGCUACUAGGUCACGACUUCGGUAGUGCAGACUCUUACUUAAGCUUGCAAGUGCUUAAGUUGUACUCGAGUGUCUACCCGGAUGAAAGUGAAAGAAGCCUUCGCGAGGUUCUACUUACUUACUUAAGUAUCUCUUUUGACCCCUCUAUCUUCCCACUGACAGCGACAAGCGACGAUAGCAACACUUGCGCGUGACUUGAAGAUCAAGCGACAAAAUGCGUACCCCAUGGGGGAGAGGAUCUUCAUCGGAUUACUGGGGGAGAAAUUGCAAGAAGAAGGCAAGAAAAAGGUGCUACUCCUCACUUUAGUGCCUUCCCUUGCAUGUUACUAACUCGGGCGCAGUUGCGUACUACUUACUUAUGUGAUGCUCAUACUCGUUCUGACUCGUGCCUGGAUGUGUCAGAAGUCCACCUUUUCAGUUCCUCGGCAAUCGCAGUCGAUCUUAAGAUAGGAAAGUCUUGACUUCUUAGUCAUUUACUUUACCACUCACCUCCUAACAUCAGCGUCGCGGGCGUCUCUUCAUACCGGCCGCUGCGCGAAUUAUCUGGGCUAACCCGAAACUGGAACGCAGGUACUUCGAAGUUUUACUUCGGGGGAUGGCUAUGGCCAAGUCGUAUUUUUCUUCGAAGGAGAGAAAAGACCUGUUCUCCGAUUUCACUGCGGUACGUAUAAAACAAGCGGUCAAGGCUAAAGUUGGCGCGUCUGAGAUGAAGCGGCUGCGAGCGGCUGGCGGUACUUAUAGUAAAGCUUCUCUAAGCGUGUCUGUCUGGCAGUCGAGUACGGCGAACUAUUUAAGUAGCUUGAGCACUCCCUCCUGACCUACACCUACGUACUUUUCAUCUUGUAACCUUGCAUCCAUUUCUGCGUGACAGGAGGACGCAAGGUUAUCGCGCCGGAGAUGCAUGAAGAUCUCUAUGAGAUAUUCUUGCAUCUGAGAUGUAUGGGAGCCAAAACAACUUACGGAAGCGCGUGCUUACUUACUUACUUAUACCAUCUAGACUCGAGACUCUGCCUCAAGUUAGUACUUUUAAGUGCGUAGCAAGUAAAAUUGCGGGCCGGGAAAGGGAUUUGACUGAGGGCAGUUGUUCUUUAUGUUUAUUGGCCUACCGAAGUAGAGAGACAGACUAUAGACUCUGACUCCCAGCCUCUAACAUGUGGUGCAGUUGCUUAUUCGAAUCGGCGCCGCGUUGAGGAGUAUGCGACAGCAGGACGGUUUGCCGGUUCCCACAGUCAAUAGGGACUGGGUUGUUCGGUGGAUGAUUUCGUAUGAGUUAUCCUUGAGGAUACCGAACACGCGGCCAAAGUUGGACGUGGAAAGCCAAGUUAUGCGGUACCUACUUAAGUACGCUCACUUGCUUACUUUUUCUACCAUAAACGCUACACCUAGAGCAUGCUCUUGCUCGUCUUUUCUACUUAAGUAGUAGCACGGUGGCUUACUAUAGUGCUGGAGCUACUUAAUACUUCUGCUAGCUGACUUGUGCGACUGAGCUGCUUUUGUCGCAGAUCAACUUCCUCGCAGGGCGCUAUCUGCAAUCACAAACAGCACGCUCGCGACAUGGAAGACAACCUGGGGGGUCUUGGCGUUGCUUCGUCGACUUGGCUAUCGUGUGACCAUCAGCAACAUAGACGAGAAGCCCGUCUUCAUGAUUAUGAAGAAGACUCCCCUUGAGUAAGUGCAGACCCGAUGAUCUAAGUAGCGGCAAGAUUCUAUACAGUAGCGCGCUGUUGUAUCAGGUAGCGCGUCUAGCUAAGUGCUGUCUCUUAUAGCAUCGGCGCGCAGUCAAGUACUACCAGCAGUCACCUUCUACCUCCCCCCGUUAUUCUAUUUAAGUAGAAGAGCUCUAACCCGCACCAGACGUCAGAAGGGGGCGUUGUUGCCCAGGUGGGAGCCCGUCACGUGCGCAUACUGGAGAAUCACGGGCAGACGCGCAGUCGGUACACUGUCUUAACGCACGUCUCAACCCAGGCGAGCGAAACGCAGCCCCCACCAUACAUUGAAGUGCUUAUGCGUGGCGGGGAGACGGUUGAGAAGAAGCUGCAACGCACGAGGACGAAAGUUGUAAACGAUGGAGAGCUACCUGGCGUCUCUUUGGGUGUGCGCACAGGUCCGAAGGGAUCGUAUGACCGAUCAACUUUUCUGCCGGCCGUGAAGAAAGUCGUGGACUCCGCGCCAAAAGGUGAGAAGUGCGUGACGCUGGUGUUGUUUGAUCAUUUUCGUGGACAUGAAAUCUCUCAGGACGACCUGGUGCCGAUGGGAGCACUCUUCAACUUCAUCGGAGCAGGCAUCACCGACCUGCUUCAGGUUAUGGAAAGAAGUCCUUAGCUAUCAAGCUUUCUUGAGUUAAGUAGUAUAAGUCGACUCAUUUCUUCUACGCUCUGUUGCGUGGGUGUGUAGUAGAACUUAUUAAGAAUAAGAAGAGAGCUGGAAAGGCCACAAGAAUAGAAACAUCAACAAGCUUGGCCUGAUCAUUAAGUGUGUAGCACUUACUUAGGUGAGUGCUCACCAGUCAGCUACUUAGAUAUGGAGUUGCGCUUCCUCCUUCUUGUGAUGUAGUUGCAGUCCUUGACGCCUCUUCUUCUAAUGAGCUGAAUGACUCGCAUCUACAUGGUGACUUCUCUCGCGAGUACAAACUAGAGGAGGGGAUCUCAGACGCGGCUCAUUUUCUGAGCAUAGAAAAUGUGGGAGAGGCGCGGGCGCCAAUAACUACUAGGGAGGACGCCUUGCGGAGCGUUUGCCGAGUGUGGAAGCGUUUGGUGCAUCAGAAGUAUUAUGAUAGGAUUGAUAUUGAAGGCAGUUCUAAGUAAGUAAUUGUAAGUACUUAAGUACUCUGCUGGCAUGAUAAGAUUGACAUUGAAAGCGUUGGGUGCUUAGAAGUGGCCUCCUUAUCUGCGAUCGGAGUCAUAUCUGCGUCUGAUCUCUUGUGCUUCGUCUCUAACAACGCGCUCGAGGAUUCAGGGAAAAUGGGAUGGAACCUGGUGCGCGUGAUGAUGAGAUUAGAACCGCCCUUCGAGAGUGGUGGAUCCGAAGCGCCGCGAUCAGAAGCAAGAUUGUCGCUGAGGCUGAACAACGGGCAGACGAACUUGCACAGCAAGACAAGUCGAGAGAUGACAUCAUCCGCGUUUGUAUUGCGGAAUACCAUGAGAAGUACAAGCCGGAGGGUGACAUCGGUUGCGACAUCGACCGCAUACUCGAAAAUCACUACGAUGGAUGGGUCGAAGCGCGAAAGCAGCGCGCCUUAGAGCGCCGCCAAGCAAAGUUGGCGCGAAGGGCGAGCGCUGAGCUAGAUUUAGAUGGACAGCCUGGCGGAUUGUCUUCUAGCUCCUCAAGCGGGAGCUCCUCGUCGUCCAGUGAGGAUUUCCAGAGCGGGAGUGAUGACGAUGACUUCGAUGACGCUGCGGGCGUGGUGUCUUCAACUUCAUUAGUGAAGCCUGUUCUCGACUCCUUCGCGAUCGCGGGGGAAAGGAGCUCGUGUCCAACGGCUGGAAGUAUUUGGCUGGAGCAGAGCAUUGCAGAUGGAAACAGGAACAGCGAGCCUACUACGCGACAUGAGAAGCUGGGAGUGGUGGUGGCCAGGCUGCGCGAGCUUGGCGAGCAUGGGCACGCUGAUGCGAUCUUGCGUAAGGCAAGAAUGGCUGAAAAAACUGCAGUAGCAGCAGCAGAUGCGCGUGAGGCCGGAGGUGGUCUUGCUCUAGACGCUGAAGACCAGGGUGGGAAUGAGGCUGGGGACGGUGAGCAGAGAGCGCAGUCGCAUAGAGGAAAAGGAACUGCGUAUGCGCGCCUCAUGGAGUCGUUAAAAAGUUCGACUGCUGUGCGAGAUGCCGCCCAAAAGCGCAUGGAGGAGCGCGCUGAGCAGGUAAGGUUCGAAGGAUACUACAAUCGAUUCAAGUCAAAGCGGGACGACGACAACAACAAGAAGGCGCUGGUCUUCACGUCAAACAACUUCAAGAGCGUGCAGAAUCUUGAAGACACGCUCGUGCAUCUUCUCCAGAUGGGGCCUGGCAGUAAACUUGGCAGGCAGGUGGCGCAGUACAUGGCCGACGUUGUAAAACGUGAGAAAGCAAAGGCACAGCUGAAGCGAACCGGGGAUGGGACGAAUCUCCCCCACCACUGCUUCUUGGUGGAUCGUCAUUUACAUCCGAUAGAAGUAGCGGACUUCUCGCAGUUUUGUUCAAAUGUCUGCAAUGCCCUCCACGGGAAACUGCGGACUAUGGGAGUCGGGUCACUGGAACGUGCUCACUUUAUCGAAAAGAUCGUCCGGAGUCUGUUGUCGUGGCAGGCGAAUUAUGCCCAGCGGGGCGGCAGAGCUAUGCCUGUAAAUCCGCUUGCUGCGAGACAUGAAACCACAAAAGCGCCUGGGCGUAAGCCGGUACUAAGGCUAUUCUCACCCCUCUUUGGCGAUCUACUUAUAAGUACUUAAAAGGAAGCGUAAGUAGUCUGAUUAUGAUUGGGCAAUAAGUAAGUAGCAUAGUUCGUCCUCAUUUAUUAAGUACCUGCUUACUUAUCUUUCUACGGUAGUACUAAGUGUAAGUAGUAUAGGUCUGCAGCUGCACUCGGUAGCACAAUCUCAACGCCAGCAGGUCAAUCCCGCUGCACCCGUGACGCUCCUCAAGAGUGGCGGAAGCGUGGGUAACGUGGCGGCGGCUUCUUCGUCAAAGCCAACAGUGUCUGCAGCUUCUUCGGCGUCUCGACCUCGACAGAUCCAACAGUCACAAGCAAAGCCACAAGCAGUCCCCGCGCGCGCAGCUGCGUCGAGCUCAAGCACAUCCGCUUCCAGCUCCAGCCGGAUACUGAUGGGCGCAAAAGGGAUGGGCAAAGGAGUUGCGUCAUUCGGCUCGGCAGUAGCAGUUCCGCCGAGUAAUAGUAGGCGUCCAUGCGAUUUGCCCGAACCUGCGGCAAAAAAACAAAGAGUGGAGGAGGGCGCGAAGAAAGCGACGCACUCCAAGCCCGGCGUCUAGGUAGUAGUAGGGGUAGUUGGUGGGCAGUCUCGAGGAUGGCAGAGGAAGACUGUCGUGUCUAGGGGAGUUUCAGGAGCUGGAUUCUGUCGGCUAAGUAGUAAGAGCUUACUUACUUACUUAGAUAUCUUGUUCUUGUUCUUAUUCGGUUGUACUUGUAGAUGUAGAGGCAGGAGAUCGAGCGCAGCUUACUUAAACUUAAAGUAAGUACUUAUUUGGAUCUUUAACAUGCCUCCAAUACGGAGUGAUCUAGUGAUAUCACACUCGUGCGACUUGUCUGUUUAGGUGCCAAAUGGCGCGGACUCUAUAGCUGAACUAUACGCUUUCACAGUAAACAUCAACUCGUCUCACUUCCAGACCCAUUUCCUAACUGUGUUACCAAAGGGGUUGCUCUCAGGUAACUACUCUAGAGCUUGGCUUCCAUUGAGCUCGUUACUUUUUCAUACAGAAUCUGCUCCAUGUCCAUCGCCAAGCCCAUGCUAGCUUCUCACUGAGCUGGCAGUAAGUAACCGUGGCGAGAAAGAUAGGCAACCCAUUAAGUACUUAACUGCUAUCAAGAUCAACGUCAAGCAUUCGCUAAAAUUAGCUGAACUCGGACUGGGGCGCCCAUUAGAUGCAAAGUAAGUAAGUGCGUGCUUCUCUAAGUAACUAAGUAAGUAAGUACUUAAGUCGAAGAGUGAAACUAAAAGUGUCGGGGUAAAAGAUCAAAGUGAAAGUGCAUUAUAAUUCGAGUUUUUU